GUCAAUCUAUAAAAUUAUAAAGUUAUGUGCUUCAUAUUUAAAAUGGGUUCUAAGGAACAGAAGGCAUUGAUAGCCGUGGCCAACGGAUCGGAAGACAUUGAAUUUGUCACUGUUGUCGACGUACUAAGACGUGCAGGAGUCACAGUAACAGUGGCAUCAGUACAUAAAAGCAAAGAUGUGGUAAUGGCUCACGGAACAAAGAUUACAGCAGAUGCCGCCAUCGAUGACGUCGCAAAAAAGACUUUUGACCUCAUCGUUGUACCAGGAGGUUUGCCAGGGUCCACACACUGCGCUGAGUCUACGACGCUAAUCAAAAUGCUCAACCAACAUAAAGAUGGCAACCGUUACUAUGCAGCAAUAUGUGCAGCACCAGCCGUGGUACUCGCAGCUGGUGGUAUUCUGGACAAGCAGACUGCUGCCGUUGCAUACCCAGGGUUCGAAGAUGCCCUACCAUACGUCGGUAAAGGUCGUGUUUGUGUGUCUGGAAAAUGCGUAACUUCAAAGGCACCGGGCACGGCAAUGGAGUUUGCGCUCAAACUAGUAGAACUGCUUUGCGGCGUCCAAAAGAAAGAGCAACUCAAAGUAGGAAUGCUCGUGCAUGCCGAUAUCUGAG